AUGGCGGUCAUAGUGCUCGACAACGGAGGCGGGUUUGCUAAAGUUGGAUAUUCUACCGACAAAGAACCGAGAGUUUUACCUAACUGUGUGACCAAGGCUAAGAAUGUUCGGACAAGGAUUUUUAUUGGGGACCAAAUAGAAGAGUGUAAGGAUCUGUCAGGGUUAUACUACCUGUUGGCCUUCCAGAAGGGCUACCUUGUUAACUGGGAUAUUGAGAGACAAGUGUGGGACUACAUGUUUGGCAAAGAUUUUCUGAAGGCUGACUUCAAUGAGACCAGUAUCAUAGUCACAGACCCUUACUUUAAUUUCGCUUCCAUCCAGGAGGCUAUGAAUGAGAUAUUAUAUGAGGAAUACCAAUUUAAAUCAGUGUUCCAUUGUAACCCAUCAUAUCUGACCCAGUAUAAGUACCAGAAGGAACGUCCAGAAAAAGAGUUCUGUACCAUGGUGGUGGACACAGGCUAUUCCUUCACUCAUCUUGUACCAUACUUCAAAGGCAAAAAGAUAGAAAACUCUGUCAGAAGGGUGAAUGUUGGUGGAAAAGUUCUGACAAAUCAUUUAAAAGAAAUAAUUUCCUACAGACAGCUGAUGGUGAUGGAUGAAACUUAUGUCAUCAACCAGCUUAAGGAGGAUGUGUGUUAUGUCUCCCAGCAGUUUACCAAGGACAUGGAAAUAGCAAGAUUGAAAGGUCCAGCCAACACAAUAGCAAGGGACUAUGUGCUGCCAGACUAUACUCACAUAAAGAGGGGCUAUGUCAGACCUCAGGAGGAGAGUACAGGCAAGGCUAAAGAUGGUGAACAGAUCAUACGGAUGAGUAAUGAGAGGUUUGCUGUACCAGAACUGUUAUUCCAUCCCUCGGAUGUGGGUAUACAAGAGAUGGGUAUUGCAGAGGGCCUUGUUCACGCAAUCAGUGCCAUGCCAGAAGAUAUUCAGCCCCAUAUGUUCAACAAUAUCAUCUUAACAGGAGGUAACUGUCUACUUCCAGGAUUUCAUCAGCGGAUGAUGACAGAUGUGAGAAGUAUGGCUCCAGAUGAAUAUGAUUUAAGUAUCACCAAUCCUACAAAUCCAGUGACAUAUUCCUGGUCAGGCGGUGCCAUGCUAGCCCAGGACCCAAAUUUCAGUAAACUGUGUGUUACGCGUGAGGACUAUGAGGAAAAUGGACAUGGUUUAUGUCUGGAGAAGUUUGACGUGUGACCCAUAAUGACAGAUGUCUUGGCAAAUUUAUCACAAUGGUGAUAGGGAAAGACUUGCAUGGUGUCUUGGACAACAGAGAUGCCAAACAAAAUAACAAGUCUAAUUAUAGAUUUUGAGUUGGUUAAGUACAAGAAUAUGACCAACAUGUCGUCAUAUUGGCACAUGAAAUCUAUAGCAUCUCUGUGUGACUUCAACUUCAAUGAUUCACUUCACCUGAUAGUGUUGUUACACAUUCCUAGCUGGGGAUAUGCAUAGGUAGUUAUUUUGACUGUCUACGCCUAACUACCGUAAAUACUUCGGUAUCUUGUCUAACUUCAAGGUUGAAACUUACUGAUAAUUAUGAAGGACAUGGAAAAUGUAUUUCCAAAAUACUACCUUUGUGAAAACUGUUUGCGAUUAAUAUCUAGUAACAGUCUUUCGAGGUUUUGACUUUACACAUUAACUAUGAUGUGUUUUUUUCAUUCCACAGAGAUCAGCAAACCAUCUUGUGUUCAAGAUAUUUCAGUCAUUAACUGCUCAGGUGCUAUGAGUAAACAGAAAAGAAAAUAUUGAUGUACACCUUAUAUUAUAUGUAGUUUCCUGGUCUAAUUUUGUUGUUAUUGCUAGGUAUCAGUAUACCAAAUAGGCUGUCAUAAUGAUAUCACAGAUGUAUGAACCUGUAUUUGUUUACAUUUUCUUGAUCUAUGGACCUUAAAA